AUGAGUUACUCUAAUACGUCAUUACCGAUCCCCAAACAGUCUCCGACACCUCUGGGAAGCAUUAACAACAGUUUCAGUGCAUCAUCGAAUCCAUCAUCGGUCAGACGGAACUCUUCCUUCACUAAAUCUGGAGGAGCUUCAAUGACCAACUAUUCUGAACAUAUCCAGAGCUUGAACCAACCACAUAGCGUUGAUUUAAGACUGGUUCAAAAGCAUUUAUUGCCUCAGGAAGAUACGUUGAAAUCGCCGGGAGGAGACAUUUCAAGGCACAUUUACCAUCAAUUGAACAAUGCCAAUUUACAAGGCUCAUCCCCUUCUACAUCCCAUCUGCAUCUGUUUCUGAUAGUACCAUCCACCAAUGACAACGUUAUCGAUGACGCACAGUCCAUUCACUCAAAUGGUGUAGGUGGUGGAGAUAUUCUUCACACCCGAAAGAGAUCCAGCAGUUUCCUGAACUUCCUUACAGAGUCCAGAAGAGGCUCAACUGCCAGUGACAUCAAUGUUCCUGGAGGGUUCAGACGAGAGUUCUUGAUCCAACAGCUGAUUAAACACCAGCGAGAACCUCCAAACUUUUUAACCAACAACUUCAUUGAGUUUUUGACGUUGUAUGGCCAUUUCGCCGGUGAGGACUUGGAUGACGAGGGUGACGAAGGGGAAUCAGAAGGUGAUUAUUCCGAAGAGUUGUUAUCUGAUGAAGAAACCCCAUUAUUGCAGCAACAAUUGCGUGGGCCUUCUAGAAAGAAACCCAACGGUGGUGCCCCAAGAGGCAAACAAGCUCGUCCUCCAAAGGGAACUGCUAGUGUGACCAAGACGUUCUUCCUCUUAUUCAAGUCGUUGGUUGGUUCCGGUGUUCUCUUCCUUCCACGGGCCUUUUACAAUGGAGGUUUACUCUUUAGUAUCGUCACCCUUGCAAUCUUCGGCUUUAUUACUUAUUUCUGCUACAUUAUCUUGGUGUUUCUGAAAAAUGCUCUCGGGAAACAUUCCUUUGGUGAGCUAGGCUACUCUACUUAUGGUAAGGGUUUAAGAAUGUUCAUUAUGGUCCUGAUUAUCUUGUCACAGGUUGGUUUUGUCCUGACAUAUGUUUUGUUCACGCUGGAGAAUUUCAAUGAGUUGUUUGGUAUCUCCAAAGUGGUUCUUUGUGUCAUCCAAUGCAUCCUUCUUAUCCCCUUAGUGUUGGUUAGAAACUUAACCAAAUUGUCCCUUAUCUCGUUUAUUUCAUCAUUGUUCAUCAUCAUUGGAUUACUUAUUAUCUUUUACUUUUGUGGCAUCAACCUCUAUGAUGAUGGAGUGGCUUCCGAGAUAAUCCAGUUCAACUCAAACUCUUGGACUAUGCUUGUUGGUGUGGCUGUGACUGCUUUUGAAGGAGUUGGUCUUGUUCUUCCUAUUGAAUCAUCUAUGGCUAACCCUGAAAAGUUCCCCAUGGUAUUGGGUCUUUCAAUGAUGGUUAUCACAGUAAUCUUCACUCUUGUGGGCGCUUUAGGUUACUUAACGUUUGGUAAUGACGUUAAGUCCAUUAUCAUUCUUAAUUUACCACUGGGUGCCUUCUCAGUUAAACUCAUUAUGAUUCUCUAUUCCAUCGCUGUGUUCUUGACGUUCCCCUUACAAUUAUUUCCAGCCAUCAAGAUCGGUGAGGGUCUUCUUUUCAAUACUCCACUGAACGAUACCGAGGGUAAGUUAUAUUCUGGGAAAUAUAACAACAAUAUUAAAUGGUCAAAGAAUUUAUUCCGCUCCAUUUCAACUAUUGGGGUUUGCACCAUUGCUUACGUUAACCGUAAUAAUAUCGACAAAUUCGUUAGUUUCAAUGGCUGCUUUGCAUGCAUCCCCUUGGUGUACAUCUAUCCUCCUUUGAUCCACUUCAGAGUACUUCAAAGGAAACCUUAUUUGACCAAAACUGACUCUAUAUUGAAGGUGGCAGAUUUAUCAUUGAUAGUGCUUGGAGUUGCAGUAUUGGUUUAUUCCAUGUACCAAAUCUUAUUCUUAAACUGA